CUCCCCUCCGCCCCUGCCGCCUUCUCUCUCGCCCGCCGUUUUUCCCCCCGCGAGCACAUGGUAUUUCUGUCGCCCAUCCUCCGUCAGGCCAGCAGUGCCUGGCCGCACCCGCCGCGUGUGAUCCCGAGUUUGCUGUUCUUUGGCUCGGACAACUUCUCCGUGUCCUUCCUGCGCCGGAUCAUCGAAGAUCGCGAUGCGGGCCGGCUGCAUAUCGGCGAGAUCCAGGUUGUCAGCCCGCCGGACAAGGCGUCAUCGCGGAAGAACCGCACCAACAAUGUGACCCCGCUGAAGCAGUUUGCCCUGGAGCACGGCCUGACCGUGUCCGAUGCGCCACAUCGCGAGAAGACCCUGCGCAAUUGGACCCUACCGGCCCCGAGCGUGGCCGCCGGUGCCUUUUCCCUCGGCAUUGUGGCCUCCUUCGACUACUUCAUCACGCCGCCGGUGCUGGCCGGGCUCGAGCAUGGAGCCAUCAACAUCCAUCCGUCGCUGCUGCCCCAGUGGCGCGGCGCCUCGCCGCUGCAGCAUGCGGUCAUUUCCGGCGCCCGGUCCUCCGGCAUCUCCAUUCAGGAGGUGCACCCGCGGCGCUUCGACGCCGGCAAUGUCCUGGCCGCGCGGCCCUUCGAUCUGCCCGGGGCGCGGCCCACCUUUGCUCAGGCGCUCGACCGGUCGAUGGCGGCCGGGGUUCCCCUGCUGGCCGAGGUCCUGGCCGACUUUGGCACCUUCCGUCAGCGGUCCGUCGAUCAGGACGACACGCAGGCAUCCCUGGCACCGAAGUUCCCCCCCGGGACCGGGGCCCUGGCCUGGGACCGGCCGGCCACCCAUUACGACCGCCUGGCCCGAGGGGUGGGGCACCAGCUUCCCCUGUGGUCGCACUUCCGCAAUGACAAGGGGUCGCCCGAGCCACAGCGCGUGGUUUUCCAUGGUGGCUUUGAUGUGGUAUUCUCCGGCCCCGGGGCCGAGGUCUUUGAUGCGGAGUACCGCCAGCAGGAGGAGCCCGCUGGCGCGGAGGAUGACGAGUCCCCGGUUCACUGGUCCUUGCCGGUGGCCGAGCGCCAGGAAAUGGCCGCCUACCUGGCUGGGGUGGGCUCGCGCGGGGGUGGCUCCGGCGGGGCCCUGGUCCCCGGGUCGGCGGUGGGCUUCCGCUCGCGGACCAAGGGCAGCGAGUACCGGCUGGCCAUUUGGUGCGGCCCUGCCGAGGGGGAGGCCUCCGUCGGGACGUGGCUCGUUCCCCGGGCGCUGGCUCCGGAGCGCCGGGCCAAGAUGAGCCCGACGGUCUUCCGCAGUGCCGUGUCCACGGCGGCCCCCAACACCGGCUUCACGGGCGACCGGUUCCUCCUGCUGCAGCCCGAGGAGGGCGAGGUGGCCGCCACCCCGGCAACUGCCAAUGCUUAGAGAUAGACAGCCUCGUUGUUUCACA